UCUUUGUCCACCCCUACAGUUCUGAGAAGUCAUCCGGGAAUUUCCGGGACAAGGGUUUGAGCCUCUUGAGAGUUUAAGCAUGUAGUGUUGGUUUUUGGGUAUCAGAGAUCUCUUGAAUCCGGAAAAGGGGAGAUUUUAAGGUUCAGAAACAGGUAAACAUGAUUCGUCAGCUUUGGAUUUUGACUGGGUUGAUUGGGAAGAAAGCAGUUGGUGGGUUUUAGCAGGCUGAGAUUGAGGGGUUGUUUGUAGUUUUGGGGUUUUAUGAUAUAUCCCUAUCUUUGAUUGAUCAAUAGUGUAUGAAGCUAUAUACAAGGGCGCUGCAUUAUGAGGUUAUUCAGUUGAAUGCAAAUGAUCAUUGCUUGGGUUACAGGUUUUGAUUUUGGAUCUGAAAGUGUUGUUUGAAGUUUUGGAAUAUUUAAACAGUGAAGCGAAGAGGAAUUUGGUAUCGGUAGAGAGAGAAAGAAAGAGAGAGAGAGUUUGUUGUUCAUCUUCUGGUUUUGGGGUGUUUGGAUUGUAUUGAGAGAUCAGAUCGAGGCAGAAGGAGAGGAAGGAAAAAGAAAACUGGCAAAUAAUUGGUGGGAGAGAGUAGAUGUGGGGAUGGCGGGUUAUGAACCAGGCUCAGGUUCUCGCUACGUCCACCAGCUACUCGGACCUGAACUGCACUUGCAGAGACCGUCAUCGCUUCCACAACAUCAAGCCACUCAACAACCAUCGGAUUCUAGGGACGAGUCACCAGAUGAUCAGGAGCAGAGGGCGGACACCGAGGAGGCCGCCGCUGCUAGUUCUGGUGGAGCCACCACCUCUUCAAAUCGCCGCCCUCGAGGUCGUCCUCCUGGCUCCAAGAACAAGCCCAAGCCACCCAUAAUCGUAACGCGCGAUAGCCCAAAUGCCCUCCGGUCGCAUGUACUUGAAGUUGCCGCUGGCGCUGACGUCAUGGAGAGUGUGUUGAAUUACGCCCGGCGCCGUGGGAGAGGCGUAUGUGUUCUCAGCGGCGGCGGCACAGUCAUGAACGUGACGCUGCGUCAGCCUGCGUCUCCUGCAGGGAGCAUAGUGACGCUGCACGGCAGGUUCGAGAUACUCUCAUUGUCAGGAACCGUGCUUCCUCCACCGGCGCCGCCGAGUGCUGGAGGCCUUUCUAUAUUUUUGUCCGGUGGUCAGGGUCAGGUAGUUGGAGGAAGCGUGGUGGGUCCCUUGAUGGCUUCAGGUCCAGUUGUUUUGAUGGCUGCGUCGUUUGCCAACGCUGUCUUUGAGCGUUUACCACUGGAGGAGGAAGAGGGAGCUGUGCAAGUCCAGCCCACCGCGUCCCAGUCUUCAGGUGUGACUGGAGGCGGUGCUGGUGGGCAGCUCGGUGAUGGCGGAGGCAGUGGCGGCGGUGCUGGUGUUCCAAUCUAUAACAUGGGAGCAAGCAUGGGGAAUUUUCCCUUUCCAGGUGAUCUAUUAAGAUGGGGUGGAAGUGCUCCAAGACCUCCAUUUUAAGGCUAUUGUGUUGAAUUCCCAUAUAUUUUAGGUGAUAAUUGAACAGGCGUGAUGAAGAGGGGAUGAGAUGAAAGAGAAACCGAACCAGUUUUGUAUGAUAACUACUGUAAUGUCUGUGCGAUAACAUCGAACAAAUCCGACUCUUUCUCAUUGAUCUUCUCACCUAAAAGCGAACAAGCUGGAGUUGUUAUUUCAUGGAGGCUGUAUAUUCAGUUGAAAUGGAAGGAACCCAGGUCGGAGGCAAAGAUUUUACAGAUUUCACUAUCUUCUGAGGUAAGUGAUGCAUUUGGAAAAUUUCCCUUUUGCCCUUCUUUAAUCUUCUCUUCCUCUUAUUCUUCCUCUCCUUCUUCCAGCCGGCUCAGAUGUUUAAUAAUUAAUUUCUACAUGUAGUGUGGGAACUGCUGUCAUCUAUACACAUUUCUAGGGUUUAUUUAAUUAUGCAUGUGUUUCCCUCUCUUCUGCAGUCAGCAUUUCUAUAGUACAUAUGUUUCUUUUGAUUGAAUAGUAGAAUGUGUUCAUGAGCUUGUGAAUUUCUCAUUUUUGAAAUAUAUAUGUAUACACAAGUGGGAUUAUUCAUUA